UGCAGCCGGACGUUGUUUGUCACCCCGUAGUAGUGCCCGGUUUCGCUCGGUUACCUUUUUGGAUCGGUUCGUUCGAUUCGGUUUGGUUCGGUUUGCGUGACUUUGUGUGGCCAGCCAGGGAACUUCCUUCUGCCCGAAGGCAUCGAACCCCAGACCCCACGGGAAAGGCUAAUUCGACGAAGGUUCUCAGGUGGGAAUCGCCGGGGACGGAUCGGUCCCGUGUGUUGUUUUGCAGUGUGCGGGGUGUCUGCUGAAUCGAGAAGAUCCACCCAGCGCGAGAUGAGCUUCUUGUUCCGUUCGAGCAAAACAUUUAAACCAAAGAAAAAUAUCCCGGAGGGCACACACCAGUAUGACCUUAUGAAACAUGCGGCCGCCACGCUCGGUUCUGGCAACCUACGAAACGCGGUGCAGCUUCCGGACGGCGAAGACCUCAACGAGUGGGUUGCAGUGAAUACGGUGGAUUUCUUCAAUCAAAUCAACAUGCUGUACGGCACGAUAACGGAGUUCUGCACCGAGGACACCUGCGCCAUCAUGUCGGCUGGCCCGAAGUACGAGUACCACUGGGCGGACGGCCAAACGGUAAAGAAGCCGAUCAAGUGCAGCGCCCCGAAGUACAUCGACUACCUGAUGACGUGGGUGCAGGACCAGCUAGACGACGAGACGCUCUUUCCGUCCAAAAUCGGUGUACCGUUCCCGAAGAACUUCAUCAACAUCGCCAAAACGAUCCUCAAGCGGCUGUUUCGGGUGUACGCUCACAUCUACCACCAGCACUUCUCCGAGGUGGUGCGGCUGAGCGAGGAGGCGCACCUUAACACCUCGUUCAAGCACUUCAUCUACUUCGUGCAGGAGUUUAAUCUGAUCGAUCGCCGGGAACUGGCACCACUGCAGGACCUGAUCGAUAAGCUUAUCACGAAGGACGGUCGAUAAGAAGCGUUCACUGGGAGUCUGAAGCCUGGGGAACCCGUUUGCUAGCCCCGUUUUGGGUGGCGAUAGCCUAACAGCUAACACCAUCCCUGGAACUGCGAUGCCCAUGGAUUCUUUGGAGUUUGUCCCGCCAAGACACUACUAAUCCCUGUCAUCCCACCUUCCUUGGCGCACCAAAUCGACCACGAUACCACUCAUCAUCAUGUGUCUAAUUUAUUUCCUUUACCCACUCUUCGCUGGAAGUUCUCGAAUUUUUACGAUUAAAGUACGAUUUUAAUUUUAAGCUUCCGAUCCGACCCGUGGACACUCUGGUCCUACCAGCGAGGGACCGUAAUCGUAACGUUUUAUGAAAACGUGCUCGUCCAGCCGCGUCCCGGUGUGCGCCGCGGGUUUGACUGCGUGCGUAUUGUACAUACCGUUGAUAGAAAGCCAAUUCUCCGUUUCCGGCUCUUCGGAUACUCAGCGAUCUGCUGUCCCCGUUCGUGAUUGUCGCUGGUUUCGUCGUGCUUGUUGCACAUUUGGCCAGCAAACCAAACUAGUGUCGGUGUGUGUGUCAGUAACAUCCGCCUCGGAUGAGAUGAAGAAUUUGGGCUUUGAAGCUGGGAAAGCAGCUCGGCAAUCGUUAAUAGACACUCGAGCUAAUGUAUCGUAAGUGUAUAGCAGAAAAGCGGUGGGCAAGUUGAGGUGAUCAUACUCAUUUUACCCCCUAAGCGAAAUUAACUCACUAGCCAACCUAUGUUGAUGUAGCCGCCUUUAGGAAGCAGCAGGUUUUGUGUUAAUGCUCGUCCCAACGCACUGCCCCCGAGUGCAACGGAUACACUUUCAUGCUUCGAUUAAGGGGAGCAAUUCUGUCGAAAACAGUCGUGGGAACAAAGAAAAAUCGCUUUUCUCGCCUCGCCCCUUGGGCGUGGCACGGAAUGCCGAAGAAGUGCGACGAGCCGUAUGCAAAACACAUGGGAAAAAACGAACCGAUAAUAUGCUACAAGCAGCGCCAACAAUGACUGAAAAGGAAAAAGGCACAGGGCAGCAGAGGUGUGUAGACAGCGCGAGAUACAUGAUAGAUGUAGCUUUUUUUUAAAUAAUACAAACAGAAGACUCAGCAGCGCAGGGAGCAACCGAACAAAGUGGUAUACCGGAGUGCGGCGAUUGGCCGCGGCGCGCCUGCGGUGGAGUGUUUUGUCCGCUUCGCCGCCCAGGAUCAUUCACUGUCCCAGGGCGUGGCCUGCGUGCCCAAUGUGUAAAGAUAUAGCUUAAGAGGGCCACUUUUAGAUUUCAAAAGUAGUAACCGCCAAAUGUUGGCGAGUUUCAACCUCGGCGGCAAUGUG